AUGGGCAGAUUUGCUAGACUAUGGAUGGCCCUAUACGGGGUCCUGACCACCGCCAUAGCCACAGAGCUCAUCCCACCGAGCCAAGAUCCAUGGUACAGCGCACCACCCGGAUUCGAAAGCAAAGCGCCGGGAACAAUCCUACGUGCUCGCCAGGCGCCUCCCAACAUAACAGCCCUCGUCAAUAACUCAGCAGAGGCGCACCAGCUGCUAUUUCGAUCAACAGACACUCGUUACAGACCGUCAUGGGCGGUGACGACUGUUUUCCUACCGACCGAAGAAAGCAAAGCUGGCAGGGACAAGCCAGCAUUGCUGUCCUAUCAGAUACCCUACAACACUCUCGACGUCGACCAGAGCCCAAGCUAUGGCUUGUCGACCAUCUACGGAGAGAGCACGAUGGCUGACGUCCGAGAAGGUCUGAAUCGUGGCUGGGCCGUGAACGUGCCUGAUUUCGAAGGACCCGAGGCAGCAUUCUCCGCGGGGCCUCAGGCUGGCCACGCAGUCAUUGACUCCGUCAGAGCUGUCUUGUCUUUUGCAAACCUCACGGAUCCGAGCAGAGCCCGCUAUGCUCUGUGGGGCUAUUCGGGCGGCGCGUUUGCGAGCAGCUUCGCGGCAGAGCUGCAAGCCUCGUACGCGCCCGAGCUUGACUUUUCGGGCGUGGCUAUCGGAGGAGUGCUCUCCAACUUCACCCAGAUCAUAUACAACGUGACGGCGUCGCCGGUAGCUGCCAUCGUGCCCUAUGCACUCCUCGGCCUGACCGUUCAGUAUCCGGAGGCGCGGCAGUACUUGAUUGAUCGCCUGCACAAGGAUGGCUUGUAUAAUGCGACGACAUUUCUCAGUGCCUUGCACAUUCCGGCUGCAGAGGCGAUUGCUCUUUUUGCCGGUCAGGAUAUAUUUGACUACUUCAUCGACGGCGAUGAGAUGAUGAAAGCGCCUGAACUGGCUCGGGUGUUUGGUAACAACUGGCAUGAGAGUUAUCACGGCAUUCCCCAAAUGCCGGUUUAUGCAUACAAGGCUAUACACGACGAGACCACCAACAUCCGAACGACAGAUGAACAUGUGGCCAGGAUAUGUAGUAGUCAUAUCAUGCCACCGGAGACGUGGGCGCUCGACGAAGAGCCUCAAGCAGUCAGGCAUGAAAUAAGCACGGCACAAGACGGUUCCGCCACCAUCCGAAACGGCAAGGCCAAGGCGGCGGUGACCAGCCGUGGCAAGAUCACGAUCCACAAGGCGGACGGCAGCAUCUUGCUCGAGGAGUACGCGCGGAACCGGCGGGACCUGCGCGACGCAAAAUGCAGCGCCAUCGAGGUCGAGGCGCGCGAGUUCAAGCCCCUCCGCGGGGGUGACUACCAUCUCACGGCGCGCUUCGAGAGCCAGUCGCCCGACGAAAAGAUUUUUGGUAUGGGCCAGUACCAGCAGCCGUUUCUGGACCUCAAGGGCCUCGACCUCGAGCUCGCGCACCGCAACUCGCAGGCCAGCGUGCCUUUUGCCCUGUCUUCGCUGGGGUACGGGAUGCUGUGGAACAACCCGGCGGUCGGCCGGGUCGUGUUUGGGAAGAACACGACCUCGUACGAGGCCUACUCGACCAAGACCUUGGACUACUGGCUGGCGGUCGGGGAUACGCCUGCAGAGAUUGUCGAAAAGUACGCCAGUGUCACGGGGAAGCCGCCCAUGAUGCCAGAGUAUGGAUUGGGAUUUUGGCAGUGCAAGCUACGGUACGAAACGCAGGAAGAGUUGCUCCAAGUCGCUCGGGAAUAUCGUCGCCGUGACCUACCGCUCGAUCUCAUAGUCAUAGACUUCUUUCACUGGCCCAUGCAAGGGGAAUGGAAAUUUGACCCGCGCUACUGGCCGGAUCCAGAUGCCAUGGUCAAAGAACUCAACGAGCUUGAUAUUGAGCUCAUGGUGUCCAUCUGGCCUACCGUGGACAAGAAAUCAUCCAAUUUCAAGCACAUGAUGGAACAUGGUUUCCUAGUGCGUACAGAACGGGGCGUUCGCACCAAUUUCGAGUUCCAGGGCCAAACCGUCUACUUUGAUCCCACCAACCCGGCCGCCCGACAGUUCGUAUGGGCAAAGGCAAGGGAGAACUACCACGCCAAGGGCAUCAAGACCUUUUGGCUCGAUGAGGCCGAGCCAGAGUACUCGGUUUACGACUUUGACAACUACCGCUACUUUCUUGGGUCCAACCUGUCCAUAGGCAACAUCUACCCGCGCGAGUACGCCCGCGCCUUUUUCGACGGGCAAAGGCAAGCCGGGCAGGACAAGGUCGUCAAUCUGAUCCGCUGCGCCUGGGCCGGCAGCCAAAAAUACGGCGCAUUGGUGUGGAGCGGGGACAUCGCCUCGUCGUGGGCAAGCUUCCGCAACCAGCUGGCCGCGGGCCUCAACAUGGGCAUCGCCGGUCUGCCCUGGUGGACGACCGACAUUGGCGGCUUCCACGGCGGCGACCCGGACGACCCGGGUUUCAGGGAGCUGUUUGUCAGGUGGUUCCAGUGGGGUGCGUUUUGUCCCGUCAUGAGGCUGCACGGGGAUCGCGAGCCCAAGCGCGGCACUGAGCCGAGCAGCAGCGGCGCCGACAACGAGGUCUGGUCGUAUGGUGAGGAGGUUUAUGGCAUCUGUCAGAAGUACCUGGCCGUCAGGGAGACGCUGAGGGACUACACCAGGAGGUUGAUGGCAGAGGCGCACGAGCGUGGCAGUCCGGUCAUCCGACCCCUCUUUUACGAGUUUCCAGGAGAUGAGAAGUGCUGGCUGGUGGGGGCUUCGCAGUACAUGUACGGGGAUUCCUAUCUCUGCUGUCCGGUAUUAACUCCGGGUUCUCGAUUGUCCAAAGUAUAUUUGCCGCGGCUUGAAGAUGACCGGCGAUGGUUUAGCUUCCGCCAUGAGCAGGCAACCGAGCAAAGCUUCCCAGGCGGGCAAGUAAUCGAGAUUGACUGUCCGCUAGACUGGAUGCCUGUGUUUGUUAGGAAAACCAAGGGCAUAGCAAGACAAUAA